CAACUUCCCACAAAGUGCAUGUCCUUUCAAUUUCGGUUCUCACAGACUCUUAUCUGGAUGUCUGUAAAUCCGGCUGGACUUUCAGCUUCUAAGAACAGUCCGUUUCUCGAGGAUCCAGGCGCAGGAGGACAGAGCAAUGGGUGAGAGAACUCUUCACGCUGCAGUGCCCACGCCAGGUUAUCCAGAAUCUGAAUCCAUCAUGAUGGCCCCCAUUUGUCUAGUCGAAAACCAGGAAGAGCAGCUGACAGUGAAUUCAAAGGCGUUAGAGAUUCUUGACAAGAUUUCUCAGCCCAUGGUGGUGGUGGCCAUUGUAGGGCUAUACCGCACAGGAAAAUCCUAUCUCAUGAAUCGUCUUGCAGGAAAGAGCAAUGGCUUCCCUCUGGGCUCCACGGUGCAGUCUAAAACUAAGGGCAUCUGGAUGUGGUGUGUGCCCCACCCCUGUAAGCCAAACCACACGCUGGUCCUUCUGGACACUGAGGGCCUGGGCGAUGUGGAAAAGAAAGUCAUCUUGAAGACAGGGACUGUCGUGAGGAACUUUAUAUCCACAAAACCAAAUGCAGGGUCUGCAUUUUGUCAGAUACACAAGAGUAACCCUAAGAAUGACUCAUGGAUCUUUGCCCUGGCUGUGCUUCUAAGCAGCAGCUUUGUCUACAACAGCAUGAGCACCAUCAACCACCAGGCCCUGGAGCAGCUGCACUACGUGACUGAGCUAGCAGAGCUAAUCAGGGCAAAAUCCUGCCCCAGACCUGAUGAAGUUGAGGACUCCAGCGAGUUCGUGAGUUUCUUUCCAGACUUUAUUUGGGCUGUUCGGGAUUUUACCCUGGAGCUAAAGUUAGAUGGACACCCCAUCACAGAAGAUGAGUACCUGGAGAAUGCCUUGAAGCUGAUUCCAGGCAAGAAUCCCCAAAUUCAAAAUUCGAACAUGUGUAGAGAGUGUAUCAGGCAUUUCUUCCCAAAGCAGAAGUGCUUUGUCUUUGACCGGCCUACAAAUGACAAACAAUAUUUAAAUCAUGUGGACGAAGUGCCAGAAGAAAAUCUGGAAAGGCAUUUCCUGAUGCAAUCAGACAACUUCUGUUCUGAUAUCUUCACCCAUGCAAAGACCAAGACCCUGAGAGAGGGAAUCAUUGUCACUGGAAAGCGGCUGGGGACUCUGGUGGUGACUUAUGUAGAUGCCGUCAACAGUGGAGCAGUACCUUGUCUGGAGAAUGCAGUGACAGCUCUGGCCCAGCUUGAGAACCCAGCGGCCGUGCAGAGGGCAGCCGACCACUAUAGCCAGCAGAUGGCCCAGCAACUGAGGCUCCCCACAGACACGCUCCAGGAGCUGCUGGACGUGCAUGCAGCCUGUGAGAGGGAAGCCAUUGCAGUCUUCAUGGAGCACUCCUUCAAGGAUGAAAACCAUGAAUUCCAGAAGAAGCUUGUGGACACCAUAGAGAAAAAGAAGGAAGACUUUGUGCUGCAGAAUGAAGAGGCAUCUGCCAAAUUUUGCCAGGCUGAGCUUAAGCGGCUUUCAGAGCACCUGACUGAAAGCAUUUUGAGAGGAAUUUUCUCUGUUCCUGGAGGACACAAUCUCUACUUAGAAGAAAAGAAACAGGUUGAGCGGGACUAUAAGCUAGUGCCCAGAAAAGGAGUUAAGGCAAACGAGGUCCUCCAGAACUUCCUGCAGUCACAGGUGGUUGUAGAGGAAUCCAUUCUGCAGUCAGACAAAGCCCUCACUGCUGGAGAGAAGGCCAUAGCAGCGGAGCGGGCCAUGAAGGAAGCAGCUGAGAAGGAACAGGAGCUGCUAAGAGAAAAACAGAAGGAGCAGCAGCAAAUGAUGGAGGCUCAAGAGAGAAGCUUCCGGGAAUACAUGGCCCAAAUGGAGAAGAAGUUGGAGGAGGAAAGGGAAAACCUUCUCAGAGAGCAUGAAAGGCUACUAAAACACAAGCUGAAGGUACAAGAAGAAAUGCUUAAGGAAGAGUUUCAAAAGAAAUCUGAGCAGUUAAAUAAAGAGAUUAAUCAACUGAAAGAAAAAAUCGAAAGCACUGAAAAUGAACAGUUAAGGUUUUCAAAGAUCCUUGACAUAGCUAGCAACAUAAUGGUUGUCUCUCUACCUGGGGCUUCUAAGCUACUUGGAGUAGGGAUAAAAUAUCUUGGCUCACGUAUUUAAGAGCCUGAAUGUUCCAGGUAAGAAAAUAUAAAAUGAGGUUUAUUUUAUUUUAAUAACGUAACACUGUUGAUCAUUUUGUAAGUAUAUGUGUUAUAGCAGUUUCAUUCAAGAAAAGUUUAAAAUUAAAAAGUGAUUAUCAAAGAAUAUCAGGGCCUGACAUCCACAAAAAACAAACAAUUUUGAUUGAACUAAUAAUUUAUAAACAUGGGAAACAAGUCAGAAGUAGUGACAUUAUUCCUAGAAAAGAUUUAAGUAAAGCAAAAAGACAACUGGUAAGAUUAAGAAGCCAUUAACCAUUUGCAAUUUAUAUUAUAGUUACAGAAAUAAUUUCAGUUAUAAUUAGCUCUUGCCAAUUAAUAAGAGAGCAGCACCACAAUUUUUAAUUUUUUUUAACUUUUAUUUUAGAUUCAGGGGUACAUGUACAGGUUUGUUACAUAGGUAAACUGCAUGUCAUGGGGGUUUGGUGUGCAGAUAAUUUUAUCACACAAUUAUUAAUCAUAAUACCCAAUAGGUUUUUUUCUGAUCCUCUCCCUCCUCCCAACCUCCACCCUCAAGUAGAUCCCAGUGUCUCUUGUUCUUCUCUUAGUAUCCAUGUGUUGUCUUUGUUUGGCCCCCAUUUAUAAGUGAGAACAUGUGGUAUUUGGGUUUCUGUUCCUGUGUUAGUUUGCUUAUGAUAAUGGCUUCCAGCUCCAUCCAUACUGCUACAGAGGACAUGAUCUUGUUGUUUUUUAUGGCUGCAUAGUAUUUCGUGGUGUUUGUAUAUACCACAUUUUCAUUAUCCAGCCUAUUAUUAAUGCACAUUUAGGUUGAUUCCAUAUCUUUGCUAUUGUGAACAGUGCUGCAAUGGACAUACACGUGCAUGUGCCUUUAUGGUACAAUGAUUUAUAUUUCCUUGGGAAUAUGCAUUCCUUUGGGAAUAAUGGGAUUGCUGAGUUGAAUGGUAAUUCUGAGUUCUUUGAGGAAUCACCAACCUGCUCUCCACAGUGGCUAAACUAAUUUACACUCCCACCAACAGUGUAUGUGUUCCAUUUUCUCCACAACCUUGCCAGCGUCUGUUAUUUAUUGACUUUCUAGUAACAGCCAUUCUGACUGCUGUGAGAUGGUAUGCAUUUCUGUAGUGAUUCAUGAUGUUGAGUGAUUUUUUAUAUGCUUUUUAAAUGCAUAUAUGUCUUCUUUUGAAAUGUGUUCAUGUUCUUUGCCCACUUUCUUUUUAAUGGGGUUGCUUGUUUUUUGCUUGUAAAUUUUUUGAAGUUUCUUAUAGAUUCUGGAUAUUAGAUCUUUGUUGGAUGCAUAGUUGGCAAAUAUUUUCUACCAUUCUGUAGGUUGUCUGUUACUUUGUUAAUUGUUUCAUUUUGUUUUGUUUUGUUUUUGUUUUUUGAAACAAGGUCUCACUUUGACACCCAGGCUGGAGUGCAGUAGCACAAACACGGGUCAUUGUAGCCUCAACCUCCCAGGCUCAAGCAGUCCUUUCACCUCAGCCCCCCACGUAGCUGGGACUAUAGGUGCUUACCCCCAAGACCAGUUAACUUUUUGUAUUUGUUUGUAGAGAUGGGUUUUUCCAUGUUGCCCAAGCUGGUCUUGAACUACUGAGCUCAAGCAAUCUGCCUGCUUCAGCCUCCCAAAGUACUGGGAUUUAGGCAAGAGCCACCACAUCUGGCCAAUAGUUUCUUUUGAUGUGCAGAAGCUCUUUAAUUUAAUUAGAUCUCAUUUGUCAGUUUUUGUUUUUGCUGCAAUUGCUUAUGUUGUCUUAAUCAUGAAAUCUUAGCCAAGUCUUAUGUCCAGAAUGGUAUUUCUUAGGUUAUUUUCCAGAGUUUUUAUAGUUUAAUGUUUUAUAUUUAAGUCUUUAAUCCUUCUUAAGUUGAUUUUUGUAUGCAGAGUAUACAAAAUUGAAACUGGGGGCCCAGUUUCAAUCUUCUGCAUAUGGCUAGCCAGUAAUCCCAGCACCAUUUAUUAAAUGGGGACUUCUUUCCCCAUUGCUUGUUUUUGUCAGCUUUGUCCAAGAUCAGAUGAUUGUAGGUGUACAGCAUUAUUUCUGGGCUCUCUGUUAUGUUCCAUUUAUCUAUGUGUCUGUUUUUUGUACUAAUACCAUGCUGUUUUGGUUACUGUAGCUCUGUAGUAUAGUUUGAGGUUUGGUAACUUGAUGCCUCCCACUUUGUUCUUUUUGUUUAGGAUUGCCUUGGCUAGGCUCUUUUUUGGUUCCGUAUGAAUUUUAAAGUAGUUUCUAAUUCUGUGAAGAAUGUCAUUGGUGGUUUGAUAGGGAUAGCAUUGAACUAUUUGCUCAACUCAACAUUUUAGGAAUUUAUUUCAGCUGUCUAGUGCUCAAAACUCGCAGCUAGAAUUGAGGGAAGAGAGAGACCUUCUUAUGUGGUUUUAUAUUGUUUGAUACUCAGUACCUGUUUUAAGAAAAAACAACAAGGAAGUAAAACCAAAGACAGGCAGCCCAGAGCCAGGCCCGAAACCAGGCCUGGGCCUGCCUGGCCUAAACCCAGUAGUUAAAAAUCAACUCAUAACUUAGAAACCGAUGUUAUUCAUAGAUUCCAGACAUUGUAUAGAAGAACAUUGUGAAACUCCCUGCCUUGUUCUCUUUCUCUCUGACCACCAGUGCAUGCAGUCCCUGUCACAUACCACCUGUUUGCUCAAGUCAAUCAUGACCCUUUCAUGUGAAAUCUUUAGUGUUGUGAGCCCUUAAAAGGGACAGAAACUUUGCAUUCAAGGAGCUCGGAUUUUAAGGCAGCAGCUUGCAGAUGCCACCAGCUGAAAAAAGCCCUUCCUUCUACAACUCCGUGUCUGAGAAGUUUUGUCUGCAGCUCAUCCUGCUACAGAAUGAACUCAUUGUAAUUCUACAAGAUAUGCAUAUUCUUUUGACCAUAGGCCUUUUCACAGGGGACACAGGCUUCUUAAAACAACCCGGCUUCCUCACCCUAUGUCCUUUAUUUACAAAGCUGUGCUCCUAUUCAUGAGCAUGGAAUGUUUUUCCAUUUGUUUGUGACAUCUCUUAUUUCUUUCAGGGGUAUCUUGUAACUCUCAUUAUAUAUAUCUUUUGCCUCCUUGGUUAGCUGUAUUUUUAGGUAUUUUAUUCUUCUUGUGGCAAUUGUGAAUGGGAUUGCAUUCCUGAUUUGGGUCUCGGCUUGAAUGUUAUUAAUGCCACAUAUUUUAAAUAGACAAAAAUAUGAGAUUAAAAAUAUUGAAUUUUACUAACGAUAAAAGUUGUUCAAAGGAAAACUAUGAGGUUCUUGUUUCAGCUCUGUCAUAGGAAUGGAAGAACAGGACACUGAGCUGGCACAGAGUUAGGGAAAUUGACUAUGUCUCAUAUUGGCUAGUGAGAGUGAUCUGUUGGAAUUGUAUAUCAAAAUUUUAAUGUACAUACAUUUUGUCUAGCAAUUCUACUAUUGGGUAUUUAUAUGGUACGUAUAAAUAUAAAUGUAUAUGUUUAGUAAAUAUAUAUUUAUAUUUAGUAAAUAUAUAUUUAUAUCUAUUUAGUAAAUAUACUAAAUGUCAGGCCUCUGAGCCCAAGCUAAGCCAUCAUAUCCCCUGUGAUCUGCAUGUACAUACGUCCAGAUGGCCUGAAGUAAGUGAAGAAUCACAAAAGAAGUGAAAAUGGCCUGUUCCUGCCUUAACUGAUGACAUUCCACCACAAAAGAAGUGAAAAUGACCGGUCCCUGCCUUAACUGAUGACAUUACCUUGUGAAAUUCCUUCUCCUGGCUCAUCCUGGCUCAAAUGUCCCCCACUAAGCAACUUGUGACACCCACCCCUGCCCGCCAGAGAACAACCCCCUUUGACUGUAAUUUUCCUUUACCAAACCAAAUCCUGUAAAACGGCCCCAACCCUAUCUGCCUUUGCUGACUGUCUUUUCGGACUCAGCCGGCCUGCACCCAGGUGAUUAAAAAGCUUUAUU